AGGAAGUGGCGGUGGGAGACUGCUUUUGUCCUCCACUGCAGGUCACGUGGUGGUGGCACGACAGCUCCUUUCUCCGCUCCCCCCUCCCCCGUGGCGGAGCCCGGUGCGGCUGCAGCAUGGUGCACAUGGCCUUACAGGUGGCGUUGGGCUCCGGCUUCACGGUGCUCACGCAGCCGCUUAUGUACGUGAAGAUGCUAGUGCAGGUGGGAUAUGAACCCCUCCCUCCAACUCUGGGAAGAAAUAUUUUUGGACGACAAGUCUAUCAGCUGCCUGGUCUCUUUGCUUAUGCAAAACACAUUAUGAAGAUUGAUGGGAGGGCUGGACUCUUCAAUGGUUUGGCUCCUAGACUCUGCUCAGGAGCCAUUGGCACUGUAGUACACAGUAAAGUUUUACAGCACUGCCAGAAUGCUGAUCAAAGUGAGGAAUUAGAGAAUAGCUACAAAGAAUCUGGAUCCUUUCUGGAUCAAGUUAUCAAGGAGACCUCUCAAGAGAUGAUUGCGUGUUCUGCUGCUACGCUAGUCACCCAUCCAUUUCAUGUGAUCACGUUGAGGUGUAUGGUGCAGUUCAUUGGCAGAGAGACCAAGUACAGUGGAGUGUUUAGCUCUUUUGUCACCAUUUACCGGGAAGAGGGCAUCUUUGGAUUUUUCGCGGGCCUUAUUCCCCGUCUGCUUGGAGAAAUCCUGUCCUUGUGGCUUUGUAAUAUGCUGGCCUACCUCAUCAAUACCUAUGCACUGGAGAAUGGGGUCUCCACCAUGUCUGAGAUGAAGAGCUACUCUCAGACUGUCACUGGAUUCUUUGCCAGUAUGCUGACCUACCCCUUCGUACUUGUUUCAAACCUGAUGGCCAUUAACAGCUGCGGGCUCGCUGCUGGCCUCCCACCUUAUGCGCCAGUGUACACCUCCUGGUUACAUUGCUGGAGCCAGCUGCAUGGGGAGGGCAACCUGAGCCGAGGCAACAGCCUGUUUUUCCGGAAGGUGCCUGCAGGAAAGCAGUAUUUGUGGGAAGAGAAGAGAUUUCAUUGAGUCUGCAGCCUCUUGUGGCUGUUCCAGAUGCACAGAAUGAUGGCAAUGUGUUGAUUUCUAUACAGUUUUUUAAAAUAAUCAUUUAACCUUGGGAAAUGGACUUGACUGUGAGCAUGACUUAAUGACAAAAGUAGAAGGGGAAAUUCUAUUCCCGUCUCUCAAACAUGUAGAGGGAGGUUGGGGUAAUUGCCAAAAAGCUGCCACACUUGGGGGGAAAAAUAGAGGUUUUGUGAACAGGGAUAUUUUUUUAACUUUCUCCAGAGAGAAACAUCUGUGUUGGGAGUACUCUCGCCCCUUGUGUUCUUGCCAUGCUAUCAGAUACUACUGCAAGUUGGUUGCAAAGCUGUGUUUUUCCUCUGGAAAUAGGCUGCCAAUAGAAUGAGAUGGUUUCCAUUUGGCUUUGUUAUUUGCAGCUGCUAGAUCGAUUUGGGGAAAGUGGACCAAUAUUUUUUUUUCCUUAGAGACAAAGUCAUUUCUCGGUCUUCAUUCCUUCAAACAAAUUGUUAAACUUUGCUUUAGUUAAGCCCAGAAGAUGAGCCUGCUUGGCUAUACAGAAGGUUCAGCAUUACCAAGGAGCAAGUAGAGCCCAUGUUCUGCCACUGAGCAGAUCCAGGAAACAUCUCUCACUUUUUUUGCAAGACGGCUGAGGGAGCUUUACUUGUGAUGGCCAUUGAAAGGACGUGCCACUUUCAGCAGUCCACUGUAUGGAUUAAGCAAUUUUCUCCCAAAGCUAUCACAAAUAUUUAAAAAGGGAAAUCCAUUGUUAUGGGGAGAAAGCCACCUAAUUGUUCUUCUCCCAUGCUGCCCACAGAUAGCCCCCACAUAGGGAUGGCUUUAAUCAAAAUUGAAUUCAAUGUAGCCUUUGCAAUAUUUCGGUCAAAAGCUGAGUGCUGAAGCUUCAUGGGCACAUGAGCAUUUCAUCUGGCAUUCAUGCAGAAGUUCUAAGUGAAUAACCAUCUUCUUAAGAUGGCUACUCUACCAUAGGAUGGAAGGGUAUGAAGUAGGGUCUUUGGGUAUAAGAGACUCCAGAAGACAUUAAUUUACCCUCAUAGUUGGGCCUGGCAAAACUGCUGUUCAAAAAUGUGAUCAUGAAACUUACUGGCAGUGCAGAAUGUUAUGGGGUUAAUUCAGUAUGCUUUUAAAAUUCUAUUAGAAUUUUAUAAUGUCAAUAAAGCUGUAAGCUGU